AUGGCAUCAGGUGGAUCGUAUAGUUUCUCACUUACCACUUUCUCUCCUUCAGGUAAAUUAGUUCAAAUCGAACACGCUUUAGCAGCUGUUUCGGCUGGUACUUCAAGUCUUGGUAUUAAAGCUACAAAUGGGGUAGUCAUUGCAACCGAAAAGAAAACUUCUUCAAUUUUGGUUGAUGAUAGUAUGAUUGAAAAAGUUACAAGUAUUUGUCCUAAUAUUGGAAUGGUUUAUUCAGGUAUGGGACCUGAUUAUAGGAUCUUAGUGACUAGAGCUAGAAAAAUUGCUCAAUCUUAUUGGAAAAUUUAUGGUGAAUAUCCACCUACAAGAUUAUUAACUCAAGAAAUCGCUACUGUAAUGCAAGAAGCUACUCAAUCAGGAGGUGUCAGACCAUUUGGAGUUUCAUUACUUAUAGCAGGAUGGGAUGAACAAAGAGGUUCAACACUUUAUCAAGUAGAUCCAAGUGGAAGUUUUUGGCCAUGGAAAGCCAGUGCGAUUGGCAAGAAUAUGGUGAAUGGAAAGACAUUUUUAGAAAAAAGAUAUAAUGAUGAUCUUUCAUUAGAUGACGCGAUUCAUACGGCAAUUUUGACACUUAAAGAAGGAUUCGAAGGACAAAUGACGGAAAAGACGAUUGAGAUUGGAGUGAUUGGUACGGUGGGAGUAGGAGCUGAUACUGUUGAACGUAAAGAUGGAUCUAAGGCUGUGUUUAGAAAAUUAAGUGAAACUGAAGUGAAAGAUUUCUUAUCACUUUAGAUGUUUAGAAUUCAAAACACAAAACACACAAGCUUUACAUGAUGGGUUUUUCAAUGAUUUGGUUUUUUUGGUUGGGUGUGAAAGAGAUGAAGGGUUUGAAAUGUAAUUUAAAAGAUUAGUUU